GAAUGCAGAUGGGAAACACUGUAGCGGCAGCAGAUUGAGACCAAGUCCGCACCUCUCAUUUUCAAAUUCCCAUUGGAAGAUUCGAUCUAAUUUUUCUGUUUCCGUUGGAAAUCCAUCGCCUUUCGAAACUUCACAUCGUUAUUCACGCAUAAAAAGAAAACCCAUUAUUCUAAUUCCUCCACCCUCCUCCUCAAAUCUCAUUUUCCACGAAAAAAAGGGUAUUUCCCGUCUUCGUCACCGACUUCUACUUCAACCCUCUUCAAUUCCAUCCUUACGCGCUUAUAUUCCAUGGUCUGGACCUGAGUUCUUUCCCCUUUUCUUUCUUUUUUUCCAUUCCUGAGCCCUUUCGAGUGUUGGGUCUCUGUCGAUUGCAGAAUCGAUAACUCUCUAUUCUGAAUCGCCCAACUGAUCGGGGUUUCUUACACCCAAAAGAGAAACAAGAAGCACUGGGGAUUGUAGGGAUUGUGUAUUGCUAUUCAAUUUGAAGUUCUUCUUUUAGGAAGAUUCUUUCUUCUAUCUUUUUGGGUAGUGGGGGUGGCGGUGGAGGUGGGGGUUUCUUGCCUGUAAAUCCCCGCCUUCAUACUAGUGAAGAUGAAGAGAGCGAAAUUGGAUAAAGUCGAUACGAUCGUGUCUUUGAUAAGACAGAGAUCGUUUCAGAUACUUAUGUGCGUAGGGCUUCUGUAUCUUCUUCUGGUUUCUUUAGAAAUUCCGCUGGUUUUCAGAGCUGGGUCAGGCGUCGUUUCGCAAGACUCGCUGUCUCGGCCUCCUCCGUUGGCGAGCAAGGAAGAUCUGGAAGAAAGAGAAGCCCCAUCUCGCCCUUUGGAAAAUAUCUCGAGAAACUCUUUGCAGCCGACUCCGAGUCGACUCACUCAGUUCAAUAAGAUCAUCUCUGGUUUGACCUUGGAAUCGGAAGCUUUUGAGUCUGGUACUAAAGACGCGGUUUCUGAGUUUUAUAGUUCUGCAAAAAUUGCUGCGGAGGUUGGGAAGAAGUUCUGGGAUGAGCUUGAAUCUGGAAAGAUUCAACAUACGGGGAAGAAGAAGGAUGAAAAUCGAUCGAAUUCUUCGUGCCCGCAUUCAAUUUCUUUAUCUGGGGCAGAGCUUUUGGCUCAUGGGGGAGUUAUGAUGCUGCCCUGUGGACUCACAUUGGGGUCGCACAUAACGAUUGUGGGUAAGCCGAGAGUGGCACACCCAGAAUACGAUCCCCAGAUAACUCUGGUGAGAAAUGGCGAAGAAUCUGUGAUGGUUUCACAGUUCAUAAUGGAGUUGCAGGGCUUGAACACGGUGGAGGGCGAAGACCCUCCAAGGAUUUUGCAUUUCAAUCCAAGGUUGAAGGGGGAUUGGAGUGGGAGGCCAGUGAUUGAACUGAACACUUGUUACAGAAUGCAGUGGGGCUCGGCGCUUCGCUGCGAAGGCUGGAAGUCCAAGGCCGACGAAGAUACAGUUGAUGGCCAGGUGAAGUGUGAAAAGUGGAUACGAGAUGACGAGGGGCACUCGGAGCGGUCAAAGGCGACAUGGUGGUUGAACAGGCUCAUUGGUCGAACGAACGAAAUGGCUGUAGACUGGCCUUAUCCUUUUGCUGAGGACAAACUCUUUGUUCUUACACUCAGUGCAGGAUUUGAAGGUUACCAUGUAAAUGUUGAUGGGAAACAUGUCAUUUCUUUCCCUUAUCGCACUGGAUUUGCACUUGAAGAUGCUACCGGACUAUCUAUAAUCGGUGACAUCGAUGUUCAGUCUGUGUUGGCUGCUUCAUUGCCAAGAUCGCAUCCUAGUUUUGCUCCUCAGCAGCACCUCGAGAAGUCGAGAAGAUGGCAAGCACCACCUCUUCCUGAUGGCAAUAUAGAUCUGUUUAUCGGUAUCCUUUCUGCUGGAAACCAUUUUGCUGAACGGAUGGCAGUUAGGAAGUCUUGGAUGCAGCAUAAACUCAUUAAGUCGUCGAAGAUCGUGCCUCGUUUUUUCGUAGCACUUCAUGCUAGAAAGGAAGUGAAUCUUGAGCUGAAGAAAGAAGCUGAGUUUUUUGGUGAUAUAGUGAUAGUGCCUUAUAUGGAUAACUAUGACCUUGUGGUUUUGAAAACUGUGGCCAUCUGUGAAUAUGGGAUUCGUUCCGUGUCUGCAAAAUAUAUUAUGAAGUGCGACGACGACACGUUCAUAAAAGUAGAUUCGAUUAUGAAUGAGAUUAAGAAAGUCGCCAAAGAGGGGAGCGUGUACAUUGGCAACAUAAAUUACUACCAUCAGCCCCUGCGCUAUGGAAAAUGGGCUGUCACGUACGAGGAAUGGCCAGAAGAAGACUAUCCACCUUACGCAAAUGGACCGGGCUACAUCGUGUCAUCCGACAUUGCACACUUCGUCGUGUCAAACUUCGAGAGGCACAAGUUAAGGUUAUUUAAGAUGGAAGAUGUGAGUAUGGGGAUGUGGGUGGAGCAAUUCAACAGUUCAAAAACAGUGAAAUAUGUUCAUAGUUUCAAGUACUGCCAAUUUGGAUGCAUAGAAGAAUAUUACACAGCCCAUUACCAGUCUCCCAGACAGAUGCUAUGCCUCUGGAGCAGAUUACAGAGGCAAGUUAAGCCUGAAUGCUGCAAUAUGAGAUGAUAAUGAACACCAAAUUUACUGCAGUCAAUCUCCAUUUUUGACUGCUUGAUUGCCUUGUAUAUUAUCUCAAGCUUCGGUUUUGGGUAAUUUCUAGUUCCUGUAAAAAGAAAAGUUACCUUCUCAACACCCCAUAAUCCAUUCAUUAUUUUUCAGCCAGCAAGGUUUAGCUUGAACAUAUGAUACACUUUUUAUAUUAAUAACUUUUCUGGGAAAAAAAAAGGGUUUUUGGAGCCGAA